AUCGAGCAUAAGUACAAUCGGGCCGACGGGUAUGAUAAACCCAUCAUUAGCCCGAAAGCCAACCCACGGGUCAAGCCUCGGCUCCAUCCGUGCCGACUCCAAACGGUAGGCCGUACGCGCAGGAAAUCUCAGACUUCUGGACCCCAACUACCGUUCUCACCGCCCGCAAUUCAGCUUCUCCUCCUCUCUGGUCCACUGAGAACCACAGUAAUAUAAACCACAAAAAAGCGAUUACCGAAAGCUCUCUCCCCGUUCUCAGAAACAUCUCUUCCCGGCUCCAUUUUAGAAACUAAAUUUUCGAUCCAAUUCUUGGGUGGAGUCAAUACCUGAAAUGGCCGAGCCGAUUCAGCGAUUGAAAUCCGGGUUUGAAUGCUUCAAGAAAGAAAUCUACGAGAAGAAUCCGGAGACGUUUCGCCAAUUGGCUGAAAGCCAGAGUCCUAAGUAUUUGAUCUUUGCGUGUGCGGACUCGCGUGUGUGCCCGUCAGUACUAUUCGGCUUUCAGCCAGGAGAAGCCUUCAUCAUUCGUAGCAUUGCCAAUAUAAUACCUCCAUAUGAUAAGAUAAGAUACUCAGGCACUGGCGCUGCAAUCGAAUUUCCCGUUGUCUAUCUCAAGGUGAAGAAUAUCGUCGUUAUCGGUCACAGUCGUUGUGGAGGUAUUAGGGCAUUGCUCUCUGCUAAGGAUGAUGGCACACUUAGCACUGACUUCAUUGAGGACUGGGUGAAAACAGCCUAUCCAGCAAAAGAAAUAAUAAAAAAAGCUCAUUCUGAUCUGUCCUUCGAAGAACAAUGCACGAAGUGCGAGAAGGAGGCUGUUAAAGUCUAUCUCGAGAACUUGAAGACGUAUCCUUUUGUCAAAGAAGGCUUGGAGAAGAACACUCUCUCUUUAUUUGGAGGGUACUAUGACUUUGUUAAUGGCAGUUUUGAGACUUGGGAUGCCUAAAACCAUUGCUUGGUGCUUCCUCACCACCCCCUCCCUACAUCUUCAAGUGUUAUAUUAUCUUUAUUAUUUGUGUGCAUUUUAAUAAAUUUCUUCUCUUGUGCAUUUGAAUUAUGUAAUGACCCUUAAUUUCCUCUCUAAAAUAUAUAUAUUCUCAUCCUUUAGUGGUGGUAUUGUACAGAACACUAUUUCCAUGUAUAAUGCAGAUUGCUUUACUUUUCUUU